UCCGUUCAGCCCCCUGCCCCCCGCCGCCUGCCGGCCCGGGCCGAGGAUGCUGCGCGGCGCCUCAGCGGUCAGGCUCGCUCCGCUCCAGUGCGCUUGCUGACUUCCAGGCUCGGUCCCCGCCUGCCCCGGCCACCGCGUGGUCCCCACGCCCUCGGGGUUUGGUCCAGGCUCUGACACCAGGUCCCGGCCGCUCGCUCCCGACCCCACACACCCCUCCUGCGCCCCGGCCAUGCUGCCCUUCGGCCUCGUGGCCGCCCUGCUGCUGGCCGCAGGGCCUCGGCCCAGCCUGGGCGACGAAGCCAUCCACUGCCCGCCCUGCUCCGAGGAGAAGCUGGCGCGCUGCCGACCCCCUGUGGGUUGCGAGGAGCUGGUGCGGGAGCCCGGCUGCGGUUGUUGCGCCACUUGCGCCCUGGGUUUGGGAAUGCCCUGCGGGGUGUACACCCCUCGUUGCGGCUCAGGCAUGCGCUGCUACCCGCCCCGAGGGGUGGAGAAGCCCCUGCACACACUGAUGCACGGGCAAGGCGUGUGCAUGGAGUUGUCGGAGAUCGAGACCAUCCAGGAAAGCCUGCCGCCCUCUGACAAGGAUGAGAUUGAGCUUCCCAACAACAGCUUCAGCCCCUGCAGCGCCCAUGACCAUAGGUGCAUGCAGAAGCACCUGGCCAAAAUGCGAGACCGGAGUGCCAGCGGGGGCAAGAUGAAGGUCAUGGGGGCACCCCGGGAGGACGUCCGACCUGUGCCUCAGGGCUCUUGCCAGAGUGAGCUGCACCGGGCCCUAGAGCGGCUGGCCGCCUCACAGAGCCGCACUCAUGAAGACCUCUUCAUCAUCCCCAUCCCCAACUGUGACCGAAAUGGCAACUUCCACCCCAAACAGGUGUGUCUCCCCUCUAGCUGCUCAGUCCUGGCCUCAGCAUGGGGAAAUCCUAGCUCUCCACAGGAUGGUCCCAGAGGAAGAACAGGGGUGAAGCUUCCAGGAGGCUUAGAGCCCAAGGGGGAGCUGGACUGCCACCAACUGGCUGACAGCUUCCGAGAGUGAGGCCUGCCAGUAGGCAGGGAUGCUCAGUGCCCCCUACUGCCCCUGUGCUCUGGGGGCUGCAGAGUUGACCUGGAGUGGAGUCUAGGUCUGAGUCCUGGCUCUCUGCCUCUGGUCCUACCCAAAGUUUCCCAUGUAUGUGUGCGUGUGUGUGUGUGUGUGUGUGUGUGUGUGUGUGUGUGUGUUUAUGGGCACAAGUGUGCCCUCAGGGUAAGCCGGAGCCUGGAGUGCCCUCUUUGGGUUUACAUAGCCCAGGAGGUCUGAGACUGGCAAUGGAAAGCCCUAACUACUAUGUUUCCGAAUUGAUCCUGGAUUCAUUCAUUCAGUCAUCUGAAAACAUUGACCAUAUACUAUGUGCCAGCUCUAGUUUUCAGUCCUGGGGAGCCUCAUUCUGACUUCCUCUGAUUGUGGCAUGUGAGCUAUUCCAGUAGGGUGAGUGAAGGCCUGGAAGAAGAGAAAAGCUCAUUUCUAGAGUCAGAAAGAAAGAAAGUUGUGAACAUUGACCACUGUCCCUCUCCUCAACCCAGUCAGACAGAGGGUAGGAAGUAUAGAGUAGCAGAGGGCUCAGGGUUCAUUGAGACCCAGCCCCACUCCUAAGCUAAUGCUUGUUGGGGUCCCCUGUUCUCAUUCCCCAGGUCCUCCAAGGAGACAGGCUUGAGGGACAGGCCAGCCUUUGAGUCUGGGUUUUGGGUCAUCUGCUUGGUUGCUUAGCUAAGUCUAAGCUGUGGGGGAAGGAUGCACUGAAGAAGACCUGCAGGAUGGAGGGCAGAGAGGUGGGGCCAUCUCUUUGAGCAGUCAGGAGAGAAGAAAGAAUGUAAGAUUGGAUGGAAUGUGUCUGAUGGAGAAGAACUGCACGCUGAGGGAUAAGGAAUCUGCUGCCCGGGGUCCUAUUCUUGACCCUGGAUGUGUUCACUGUCAUGAGGGCACCAGGAUGACCCUGUCUCUUCAGCUGCUCACUGCGUGUGGCUCUGUAUCCCUCCCCGUAUCUCCCUUCCCUACACCUCUUGUCCCCCCAUCUUUGUCCCCCUGAGCAUUUUAUGGCUUGGCUGGAUGGAAGAGACUUUGGGACCUGCUGGUUGGCUAUGGCAUCUUUUUUUUUUUUCUUUUUCUUUUAUUCUUCCAUCAUUUUUUUUUUAAAAAAAACAGAACAAUACCAAAAAGUGUCCAGAUAA